AAAAAGAGUUUAAACUCUGUGUCGACUGUGGAGCGAAGGUAAGAUAAAGAAGCAAAGAAAGUGGGAAGGCCAUAGCCGCCGAUAGACAUAAUAAGCCAAUGGACACAAGCGGCUUGAGAAUCCUAACCCCUUUCUCUCCUUUCCGAAUGCGCUCAAUGAAAGCUCCUCUCUUUGGUUCUCUAUACUUGGCUCAUCUCAACCGCAAACUUCGCCUCUCUCUGCACUCCACUCGUUUCUCUGCCCUCUGCUCUCUCUCUGAUGGGGGCAAAGAGUGUUCUCUGGCACAUGGGGUAGGGGAGGCAGUGAAGGAAGUCUCACAAAACAAGAUUCUUCAAGUGGUUCUAGUGUCUCCUCAG